AUGCCUCGUCCGACCGUGGAUAUAUCUGACGACGAUCCACUCGUCCAGGAUAUCCGCCGUGCCAUCAACGAGCUCAGAGCGCUCGCGCCUCCCUCGCAGGCCGUCAGUGGGCUGGACAACCGACCGCUCUAUGUCAACCGUGCGGGCGAGAAUUACUUCAUUGGUCCGCUCGCGGACCAGACCGAGUUCAAGGAGGCGCUAUUCCACAGGGUCAGCAAUCUCUUCAAGUACCGCCUGCCGGGCUUGCGCAGUCUCGCAGAACCCGUGUUUGCGAAGACACAUCGCAUCUGCUUCACGCAUGCUGAUCUACACGCCAACAACAUACUGGUCAAGGACGGCCGCCUCGCUGCCAUUCUCGACUGGGAAACUGCGGGGUGGUACCCAGAGUACUGGGAGUUGACGGCGAUAGAAGCAAUGUCGAUACACAAGUACGAGAUGAAUGCUUUCUGGGACCAGGUGCAUCCGUUUGGAGUCGGUGCAUACCGGGAUGAACUUAGGCUGGAGUGGGCUCUUUGGGGCUCCACUGGUCUGACGGGUGUUGUUGGCGAGGCUGGCGACGAUCUCGAGUGCCCCCGGUGA